UCGAGGCAAAGUUAGUUACGUCGCCGACAUAACCGGAAUUGCGUAGAGUUAAGACCAAACGGAAUGAAGAAGAUAAAAUUCUGGGUGAUGAAAUCCGCUCUUGUUUUCUGAAAAAGGAGCGUUCUUUUAUUACGUAACGCGGUUGGGGAGGGAGACUAAACUGAACUGCACGGACACUCAAAUUUACCAGAUUAUUUUCCGAGUGGGAUUUAGGGAUCGACAGUUGAAGCUGUUAACCUGUUACGGCUUUCCAAGUAAAACAAUUUAAAAGGAACAAAGUCGAAAUGGAAACAUACAGUGCAUACGGUCAUACCAGACUAUGACGUGACCGUGCAGCAAAAGGUUUUACAGAUGUUUACUGUUCGAAGGCUCUCUACUGUACAUUGGUCCGUUCAACGCUACUACGAGAACAGUGCGGCGCGGAUUGAGAGUGCAGCGAAGAUUCAUCCGGUUCGCGCUCCGCCGACUCCUCUGGCGGGAUCCAUUUCGUCUGCCCAGCUAUGAAAGCCGCUGUAAGCUGAUCAACCCUUAGCAGUGCGAACAAUGUCAGCAGUUCACUCGUGAUCUCCAACGCUUUGACUUCUAGAUUGCAGUGCCCAGCCAUUAUACAAGGACUGGACAUAACGGUCCCGCUCCGAACACUUCGAAAUACUCUGUUCUUCCGUGUUCCUAUCUACCAAGUUUUUAUUGUUUUUAGGCGAUAAUUUCAGAGUUCUAGCAAUUCUGCAACUUCGAUAAAAGAAAAGAUAAUUGAGAUUUUCGUUAUAAAUUACCUCUUCCUGCAGGAUCGACGAUGGCGGACACGCUGGAGAUAAAGGUGCUGGAAACGGAGCCGAAACCCGUGGGACCGGACGACUUUUGUCGCCUGUGCCUCGAGGCCAACCCCGAGUUGAUAUCGCUCAUGAGCCACAUUGGUGAGAAUUCGGUUCCGAAGAUGUUCGUCUUCCUGACCGGGCUGGAGAUCGACUUUGACGACGACUACCCGAAGGUGGCCUGCACGACGUGCUUCACCCGGCUCGAGCAAGCCUACCGUACGCGGAAGGACUUUUUGGACUGCUUCUCCACGCUGAUUAGCAUGACCGUGGAACCGGAUCCGACCGGCGGGGAUAAAGAUUUGCUUGAGGAAUGUGCCUUUACGAAUGAAAUAAUUUUGAAAGAGGAGAUUAUUUCCGAAGCGAGCGAUGUAGAGAUCGUACCAGAAGUCAGAAAGAGGGGCAGACCAAAGGGAACAGCGGCUCUUAAGACAGUUAAAGUUACGGGGAAGAAAAUGAAGCCCACAAAUGUUGAUCCUUCGACCGAGACAGACGAUGUGGAUAGCAACGAGGAAGGUCGAUCGAAGAAGAAAAAACGAAGGGGAACGGAAACCAAGGAGCAGCAAAUCGCCCGUCGCAAGUUCUCUAGCAUGGACCCCAACAAAUGCUACAUCUGCCAAGAGGUGUUUGAGAGUAUUCGCGAGCUCAACGUUCACCUUCCGCAGCACAUGGACAUGCUGCCGUACACGUGCGAGCUAUGCCUCAACGGAAAUGGUCCCCAGAAGGAGAAAAUAGCCUCCCUGGUUUUGCUGCACCGCCACGUCCGGAUGCACUCGGGAAACGUUCCGUGUCCAAAGUGUCCGUACAAGCUGUUUGGCAUAAAUCGAAUGUACAACCACGUGAAGCAUAGCCACAGGGACGGAGGCAAAGAGUACAUCUGCGAAACGUGCGGCUCUAAAUUACCCAACAAGAACGCCUUCGGAGCGCACAUGUUGCGCCACAAAUACAUCGAGGAAGGUCGCUACACGUGCGAAAUUUGUGGCGCCAAGUUCGGAAACAAUCCCCGUCUGGAACGGCACAUGCUCGGCCACAAGGACAAGGAGUUCCAGUGCCAGUACUGUGACAAACAUUACCCCAGCAAAACUCUGCUGCUGACUCACGAACGCGAGCACGCCGGAAAAGCCCUGUUUAUCUGCGUGACCUGCGAAGAGCAAUUCCCCUCCCGCGAGAAACGUUUCCAUCACAUUAACGAAGCCCACCCGGAAGUGGCGAAGGCAAACCGCGAAAAUGAAAAGCUUCACUACGGAAAGAAGAACCCGGGUUCGGGUCGGAAGCGUAAAUUCGAAAAACCAGACAGCUUUCCGUGUGACUUUGAAGGCUGUGACUAUGUGGGCCGCACCUACGGCAAUCUACACUACCACAAGCAGAAGCACCGGUUGCGGUUCGUUUGCCAAUGGUGCCCGAAGAGAUUCCCUACGAAGCAACUGUGCACCGUGCACGAGGUCGUUCACACCGGCGAGAAAUCGUUCAUGUGUGACCAGUGCGACAAAUGUUACACGCAGAUAAACUGCCUAAGGCGACACCAGAUAACGCACGUGGAGAAUGCGCCCAAACCGUACGUGUGUUUCGAUUGCGGCGAAGCGUUCACGACCAAGCCCAGGCUGGACAACCACGCGCUCAGACACUCGGAGCCGCAGCAUCAGUGCGAAAUCUGCCAGCGUUCGUUCCGCUACAAGGGCGAUUGGACGCGGCACAUGAAGCAGCAUGAGGAGGGCAAGCUGGUUGGUCAGGUUGCAAAAAUUGAGGAGGUUUGCUAGUUUGAUAUGUGUUUUGUAGGAUUCUUAUUUUGUAUUGUGUUUUUUUAUCAAAGUUUGAAAUGUAAGAUUGGAGCUUAAAAAUAUAUUGCAGAUUAUCACACCAAAA